CAUAUCGUGUGUGGUGGCGAGUGAGUACAGGUAUUGUGUACUUGUGCUCAUGUCAAAACAUGGUCCACGAUUAAAUCACGGGCCCGAUGAGAACAUCCACAGCGAAGCGGAGUUUGAUGUGCGUGUAUUAGGAACCUCGAAAUAAAGGAACAUCUGUCAUGUCUAGCAGACUGCGCCAUAAGAGACAGGGGAGUAUCGACCUCCUGGAGGUGAUCGGGGUGGUCAACGAGAAGGGCAGUCAAAGUUAUCUUCCUCCUGUGCACACCCCUCUGACUUAUGACUAUGUGUUGGUGGCCAACCACUUGGACGACAUAAGCAGUGAGACGUUCAGGAAGCAAGUGGCGUUUGUGAAUGCCCUGAAAUCAAAGAAGCUGAAGAUAUCAAAAAUCCUAGAUGAUGACAAAGUGUUCUACGGGAUUAAAGCGCCCAAGGCGAUCUUUCAGCAGUACAGAUACCUCCUGAAGGUGUCCGACGCCUGCAACUGGAGUUAUGAGCAACAGGGCUCUGUGCCACUUUCCACAAGGAUAAGGAUAGUGAACUUCAUCUUGCACCACACCUGCAUCAGUGACACAGGAGAAUACUUGCAAGACCUGAUGAAGAAGAAUGUAUUUGAGGCUGAGUUCUGUUUACACGAGAAAAAGGAACAAAGGGAACUGAGAAAGAGUUGGGCACGGUGGACUGCUUGUUUCCAAGGGCAACCAAUUACCAAUGUCAGGAACUACUUUGGGGAGAAAGUGGCUCUGUAUUACUUGUGGCUGGGCUGGUACACCUUUCUCCUCAUUCCUGCUGCUGUCCUUGGGGUUGUUGUUUUCCUAUAUGGGCUGGCUUUCUACCAGACUAGCCCCUUGAUAAAUGAGGUGUGUGACUCCGACAUCAUCAUGUGUCCACUCUGUCACAAGUGCAAAGUGUGGAAUCUUUCAGAAAUAUGCACUUAUGCAAAGGUGAAUCUUCUUUUUGAUAACGAGGGUACAGUGGCAUUUGCCAUGUUUAUGGCUGUGUGGGCCACAGUUUUCAUAGAGUUCUGGAAGAGACACAGAGCCUCUUAUGUGUGCGAGUGGAAGGUUUUUGACUGGUCAGAAGAGGAGGAAGAACUGAUCCUGGAGAUCGUAAACGACCAUGACUGUGAACCCAAACAGCACAAACACUCGUACCUCCGUAGCAUCCUUGUCAUGGUGCUCGUCACCUUGAUGUUGGUGCUGAUCAUUGGUCUGGCCCAUGCCUUGGUGGUGUUCCGAGUGAUUGCUGCGGUGAAGCUGACCGACAGCAGCUGGGAGUUCCUGAGUGACCACGCCAGCCUCGUAGCGCUCAUGCUGGGGGCCGUGCUGCACUACCUCACCAUCACCAUCAUGACACGGGUCAAUCGGCUAGUGGCUAUCAAGCUGUGUGACAUAGAGCGUGUGCGCUCCAAUGCUGGCAUGGAGCGUAGCUUCACAGUGAAGAUGUUCACCUUCCAGUUCUUCACCCUCUUCUCCUCCCUCAUCUACACAGCCUUCUUCCUGGGAAGGAUAAACGGCCAUCCAGGGAAGUACACCAAGUUACUGGGCAAGUGGAGGCUCGAGGAGUGUCACCCAGGAGGCUGUCUGAUCGACCUGUUUAUUCAGAUGGCUAUCAUCAUGGUCCUGAAGCAGAGCAUCAACAACGUGUUUGAGAUCACUGGACCUUGGCUGGCUCGCUGGAUCAAGCGGCGGAAGCUCCCGCGGCAGAAGCGGAAGUGUGCCAACUGCUACGUGAAGGAGAACCAGGAGCCCAAGGAGGGCGUGCAGCUGUGCGACAACUGCAAACUGCAGGACCUGCAGCGCAACUACCGCCUCAACAAAGUGGACCGCUUCAGCCUCUUCAAUGAGUUCCUGGAGAUGGUAAUCCAGUUCAGCUUCACCACCAUCUUUGUUGCUGCCUUUCCUCUGGCCCCCCUCCUCGCGCUGCUCAACAACAUCAUUGAGAUCCGCCUGGACGCCAUCAAGAUGGUGAGCCUGGAGCGUCGCCUAGUGCCCCAGAAGACCAACAACAUCGGCGUGUGGACCACUGUGUUGGAGGCAGUGGGAGUUCUGGCGGUCGUCGCUAACGGCCUAGUGAUUGGUAUUUCCUCAGACUUCAUCCCUCGGCUGGUCUAUAAAUACUACUACGGCCCGUGCUACAACUCCACUGAGCCCAGUGUCAACUGUAUGUCGGGCUACAUCAGCAAUACUUUGUCCACCGUGGCUAACCCAGGCCUUGUUUUCGACCGCAGUCAACUGCAGAUAGAUGAGUUCCACAAUGUGACUUACUGCAGCUAUAAGGACUACCGCAGCAGUGAAGAUUACAGCCUAACCCCACAGUUCUGGCUCAUCUUGGCCGUGAGACUGGCCUUUGUCAUACUCUUUGAGCAUGUGGUGGUGAUUUGUAAGUUCAUUGCUGCCUGGUUUGUCCCAAGUUCAUCACUUCAGGUGAAAAACACAAGACUCCACGACAAGUUGAAGAGGCUAAAGGAAGAGUUAAGCGGCGAGAACUUCUAUUGAAGAAAAAGAUUGUUUCUUUUGGGACCCUAUAUAAGGAGGGAUCCAGACUAAUCAAGAACUCUUGAACUAAUGGUGUCUUGAUAAGUGGCCUGUUACGUCUAUACACAAGUGUCGAAGGAUUCAACUCUAAGAAAAACAUCUAACACAAUUUAUUCAAACUGCUGAAUUUGGGCCCUGAGGAGAAGGGUUCAAGAAAAGAAAAGAAAAGAAAAGAAAAGAAAUGAGAGAUGAUGAGAACUUGCACCUGUGCCUUCACUGUGAACUAUUGAGCUGUCUGCAAAUUGCUUGGUUGGCCUGGCCUGCAGCCACACCUUUGCUGGAAUGUUUAGAGGGACAGUGCAACUGUUCAACAACAAUCUGGUGCCAAUUAAUCCUGCUCUAUUGCAGCUGUUUUAUCUGGUUAAUGAUGAUUCAUCAUCUGUAACAUAGUAACAGCUGUUGCAUCAUGAAGUCUGUCUAUUGCCCUCCUCCAGGGAGUUAUAUUUACUGUACAUAUUAUAUGUACUAUUACUAUUGUAAAUAAUUAUUAUUGGCUUUAAAGCCGCGUUUGAGAGCCUGAAAUUCCAUAUAAUUUGUAAUUGAAUACAAUGUAUUGUUUUGCAUUACAAUUUCGGGAAAAUGAAGGAUUUUGUAUACUUUUUUACGAAUAAAAUUGACCUAGAAAUGGAA